AUGGCUUCCGCUCCUACAUACACUGGAGAGGCAGAGAAGGGGGGUGUUCCAAGGGUAUCUGCCAAUGGCAGUCAGUCGAGCAAUGAGGCCGUCGUCAGUGGAGAGGUCAACAAGCUCCAGCGUGGUCUCAACGGACGCCAUAUGCAGAUGAUUGCCAUCGGAGGCGCGAUUGGAGCCGGUCUUUUCGUGGGUUCUGGAGGUGCGCUGUCCAGUGGUGGUCCUGCGAGUUUGCUUAUUUGCUUCAUGAUCAUUGGUGUCAUGAUCAUGCUCAUGAUGCAAGCGCUCGCUGAACUUGCCGUGAUGUACCCUGUAAACGGUGCAUUUUACCAAUACAUUGUCCGCUUCAUCGAUCCUUCUUGGGGUUUCGCCAUCGGUUGGGAUUAUGCUAUCCAGUGGCUCACCAUCCUGCCAUUCGAGAUCACAGCAGCGGCCAUUACUAUCGACUUUUGGCAUCACUACAACAUUGGAAUUUGGAUCGCCGUCUUCCUCACCAUCCUCUCCGUCAUCCAAAUCUUUGGCGUCCGCGGUUACGGUGAAGUCGAGUUCAUCCUCAGUAUGAUCAAGAUCAUCGCAUGCACAGGCUUCAUCAUCUUCGGUAUCAUCGUGAACUGCGGUGGAGUUCCAACUGACAACAGAGGCUACAUUGGCGCAGCGUACUGGCACGCUCCCGAACAUGCCUUCCGUAACGGCUUCAAGGGCUUCUGCUCUGUCUUCGUCACCGCAUCGUUCGCGUUCGGUGGCACUGAACUCACUGGUCUCGCAGCCGCUGAAGCCGCCGACCCCGUCAAGCAGAUCCCUAAAGCAACCAAGCAGGUCUUCUGGCGUAUCACCUUCUUCUACGUCGUCAAUCUCUUUAUCCUCGGUCUCAUCGUUCCCAGCAGUUCCGAGUUCCUCCUCGAAUCUUCGGGCGCGAACACCAAGGCCUCUCCCUUCGUCGUUGCGAUUCAAAUGGCCGGCGUCAAGGGCCUACCUUCCGUCUUCAACGCCGUCAUCACCGUAGCCGUCAUCUCUGUCGCCAACUCUGCAACCUACGCAUCGACCCGAACACUCCAGGCCAUGGCAACCCAGGGCAUGGCCCCCAAGAUCCUCGCCUACGUCGACAAGAAGGGCCGCCCCAUCCCCACCAUCAUCCUCCAGCUCAUCUUCGGCCUCCUCGCCUUCAUCAACGAGGCCACCGAGACCGGCAGCGUCAUCUUCGGCUGGCUCCUCGCCUUGUCCGGCAUCGCCAACUUCUUCGUCUACGGCAGCAUUUGCCUCGCCCACAUCCGAUUCCGCAUGGCGUGGGCCUUCCGCGGCCACACCGUCGAGGAGCUCCCUUACCGCGCUGCCUUCGGCGUCUGGGGUAGCUACAUCGGUGUCUUCAUGAACAUCAUGUGCCUCAUCGCACAGUUCUACGUCGCUCUCUGGCCCGUUGGCGGCGAACCCGACGCCGAAGCCUUCUUCUCCGCCUACCUUGCCCUCCCGCUUAUCAUACUCCUCUAUGCCAUCUGGAAGGUGUACUCCUGGCGCGCCAUCCCCUCCCACCGCCCCUUGUUCGUCAAGAUCGCGGACAUCGACGUCUACGAGGGUCUCCGCGACGGCCAGCUCGCCAUCUCGGGCCGCGACGUGGAUGAGGAGCAGAGGAUGCAGGGUAUCUCGGGUCUCGAGCAGGAUCGCCAGAAGAAGUCUUGGGGAAAGAGGAUUGCGGAGGUUGUGUUUUAA